CAUUUUUUAGGGUUUGGAGAUCUGUCUUCCCUGGCUCUAGGUUUGAUCCUCCUCCUUCCUGCUGCUGCUCUCGGCACUGGAGCCUAGUUAGUUAGUUAGUUCUCAAGCUUAGGCCCAAUUGGCCUCCCUGCACCGACUCCCUUCCUUCCUUUCCCUUGCGCGUCACGGAUCUGGCUGCAGUGCCUGGCGCCGGGUUCCCUAUUUCCCGUUCUUUCCUUUUGUGUUUUCCGCAUGUUAUGAUUGUGUGAGGCAGGUGCGCUUUGCGCUCUCUUUUCAGCUUGGUCUGAUUUGCAUACGAGGUCGGCCAUGUCGCGUGCUGGGAAAUCGGGCUCUCGGGCCAUCGACAAGGAGCUGGAGGACGAUUCCCGCGUCAACGGAGCAGCUCAGAACAGAAAGCAGCAGAAGAAGAAGGGGAAGAAGGGUGGUCGAUUCGAUGAGGAUGACGACUUCGAUGCAAUAGAUGGCGCAGCACCUUCUGUGGGAAGUGCUGAAGCUGACGAAGCCAUGGAUCCAUCGGCUGCUAAGAAGAAGAACAAGAAGAAAGGCGGAACAAAGAAAGGGGGAUUUAGUGUGUUGGAUGAGGAAGUGUCUGAUAGUGAAGCUGCUUCGGUGAACCCAGCGGAAGUAGAAAAAGAUGAAGCGGGUGAAGAGGAUUCUGUAAUGUUUGCGGGCAGGAAGAAAGGGAAGAAGGGGAAGAAAGACAAGAAAGCCUCUAUGGAUGAUGAUUAUCCCAUUCUCGAUCCCGAAGCCGAAGCUGUAGUUGAAGAAGCCAUGGAUAUUCCUGCCGCCAAGACGAAGAACAAGAAGAAGGGGGGAGCAAUGAAAGGGGGGUUUAGUUUAUUAGACGAGGACAUGUCCGACGACGAAGUUGCUUCAGCGAGCCCAGUCGUUCCUGCUGUGGACGAAGCCGAGGAAGAGGAGACUAUCACGUUUGCUGGCAAGAAGAAAGGGAAGAAAGGGAAGAAGGACAAGAAGGCCUCUAUGGAUGAUGAUUAUCCCAUUCUCGAUCUGGAAGCAGAAGCCAAAGCUGAAGAAGUUGAAGAAGCUGCCGAUCUGUCGUCUGCUAAGAGGAAUAAGAAGAAGGGAGGAGCGAAGAAAGGGGGGUUUAGUAUGUUGGAUGAAGAUGCUUCCGAUGGUGAAGUGGCUUCAGUGAGCCCAGUCGUUCCUGAUGUGGACGAAGCCGAGGAAGAGGAGACUAUCACGUUUGCUGGCAAGAAGAAAGGGAAGAAAGGGAAGAAGGACAAGAAGGCCUCCAUGGAUGAUGAUUAUCCUGUUCUAGAUCCUGGAGCGGAAGAUGAAGUGGAAGUCCAAGCCGCUAUUGAUUCGUCUGCUGCUAAGAAGAGCAGCAAGAAGGGAGGAGCAAAGAAAGCGGCUUUUAAUAUGCUGGACGACAUGUCCGAUGGUGAAAAUGCCUCGGGCAGCCCGGUCGUAUCCGCUGUUGAUGAAGCAGAGAAGGACGAAGGCGGGGAAGAGGAGACCCUCAUGUUUGCUGGCAAGAAGAAAGGGAAGAAAGGGAAGAAGGACAAGAAGGCCUCGAAAGAUGACGAGGACAUCGAUGGUCUAAUUGAAGAGCUGGGAGGACACACGAUAACCGAAGCUGCAGCACCAGUACCAGCACCAGCCACGGUUCCUGCAGAACCCAAGGGCAAACAGAAGAAGAAGGGGAAAAAGAGCGGACGAACCGUUCAAGAAGAAGAAGAUCUUGAUGCUAUUCUUGCGGAAUUGGAAGGCCCAAGCAAACCUGCACCCCCUGCUGUGUCUGUCCCGGAGGCUGCUGCGCCUGCUCCUCCUGAAUCAUCUGCGCCACUUGCAGAGGACGAACCGACAGCUGCUGGAGGUGCUCCUCCUGAAGCGGAAGAGGUGGUAGAAUCGGCAGCUGCGAAAAAGAAGAAGAAAAAGAAAGAGAAGGAAAAGGCUGCAAAGGGUGGAGCAGUUGAUAAACCUGCAGAGGAAGUAGCAGUUGAGGAGAAGAAAGCUACAGCAAAAGCAGAUGAAGCUAAGAGCAAGGCUGCUGACAAGAAGGUACCAAAACAUGUGCGAGAGAUGCAAGAGCGGCUGGCCCGGAUGAAAGAGGCUGAAGAGAAGAGGCUUCAAGAGGAAGAAGAAAAGCGUCGGAAGGAGGAGGAAGAGCAGCGGAGGCUGGAGGAGUUGGAGAGGCAGAAGGAAGAAGCGAAGCGAAGGCGUAAAGAGCGCGAGAAAGAAAAGCUGCUCCAGAAGAAGAAAGACGGCAAAUUGUUGACUGGGAAGAAAAAGGAGGAGGCUCGACGAUUGGCUAUCAUGCGUGAGCAGUUUGGGAUUGUAGCAGAUCAGGACAGCCCCACAGGGGAAGAGGCACCUGCUCCUAGGAAACCCAAGUAUGAAACAAAGAAAAAGCGCAAGCCAGCUGGUCAAACCAGUGCUGUUCCGGCAGAGGGUGAGAUGGCAGAGCCAGCAGUGCAGGAACCAGAACCGGAGGUGGAGCCGGAGCCGGAGCCGGAGCCAGAGCCUGAGCCUGAGCCGGAGCCAGUUCCGGAACCUGAACCAGCAGCUCCAAUGGAGGUGGAAGAGGACGAAGAAGAGGAAUGGGAUGCCAAGAGCUGGACUGAGGAGGUUAAUCUUCCUGCAAUAAAGAGUGCAUUUGCUGAAGAAGAAGCUGACGACGGGCCAGUAAAAGCUGGACAGGUUACAGUCCCUCCUCCAAGUGCCCCUGCAGCUGCUACCAAGCCCUCUUCUCCAAAGAAGAAACCUGCACCUCCUUCGAAGUCACAGGCGAAGGUUGUUGAUAGUGAGGAGGACGAGGAGGAGGAUGAUGACGAUGAAGACAGUGAGGACGAUGUGGACGUGAAGAAACGCCAGCAGGCGAAGGUGAGAAGAGAGGCGCGAAGGGUAGAAGCUCUGAAGAAGAGAAGCGCAGAGGAUCUAAGGUCACCAAUAUGCUGUAUCUUGGGCCACGUUGAUACAGGCAAGACGAAGCUGCUGGAUUGUAUUCGACGAACAAACGUGCAAGAGGGAGAAGCUGGUGGUAUUACACAACAGAUAGGAGCUACAUAUUUCCCGAUGGAGAACAUUAGGGAGAGAACAAAAGAGCUCAAAUCGGAUGCUAAACUGAGGGUUCCUGGUCUUCUUGUUAUAGAUACACCAGGCCACGAGUCUUUUACCAAUCUAAGGGCCCGGGGUUCCAGUCUCUGUGAUAUAGCCAUUCUGGUCAUUGAUAUCAUGCACGGGUUGGAGCCACAAACCAUUGAGUCGCUCAAUCUUCUCAAAUCACGACAUACCCCUUUCGUGGUCGCCUUGAACAAGGUGGACAGAUUAUAUGGGUGGAAGAGUUGCCCCAAUGCACCUAUUAGGAAUGCGUUGAAGUUGCAAUCCAAGGAUGUGAUUGGAGAAUUCGAACAACGUGUGGCAUUUGUCAUCACGCAACUGAAGGAGCAGGGAUUGAAUUCUGAGCUGUACUACAAGAAUAAAGAACUCCGGAAAUUCAUCAGCAUCAUCCCUACCUCUGCAAUAAGUGGGGAGGGUGUCCCAGAUAUUUUGAUGCUGUUAGUCCAGCUGACGCAGAAGUUGAUGGAGGAGAAGUUGAUGUACAUCAGCGAAGUACAGGCAACAGUUUUGGAGGUGAAGGUGGUUGAGGGAUUGGGGACAACUAUCGAUGUGGUGUUGGUGAAUGGUGUACUGCAUGAAGGCGAUCAAAUAGUUGUCUGCGGCAUGCAGGGCCCUAUUGUAACAAAUAUCCGAGCGCUGUUGACUCCACAUCCCAUGAAAGAGCUUCGUGUGAAGGGAACAUACCAACAUCACAAAGAGUUGAAGGCAGCCCAGGGUAUCAAGAUUACAGCACAGGGGUUGGAGCAUGCGAUUGCUGGUACCCAACUGUAUGUUGUGGGUCCUGAGGAUGAUGUUGAGGAUAUGAAGGAUGAAGCAAUGCAAGAUAUGAGGAAUGUGAUGAGCAGGAUUGACAAAAGUGGUGAGGGUGUAUGCGUGCAAGCCUCUACACUUGGAUCAUUGGAGGCCCUACUGGAGUUCUUGAAGAGCCCGGCUGUCAAGAUUCCCGUCAGUGGCAUCAGUAUUGGUCCGGUGCACAAAAAAGAUGUUAUGCGUGCUAGCGUCAUGUUGGAAAGAAAGCGCAAGGAAUUUGCGACAAUUUUGGCUUUUGAUGUGAAGGUAACUGCGGAGGCCAAAGAGUUGGCAGAAGAGGUGGGCGUCCGGAUUUUUACGGCUGAUAUUAUAUACCAUCUUUUUGACCAGUUCACAGCAUACAUGAAUUCUGUGAAGGAAGAGAAGCGAAAGGAAGCGUCGGAGGAAGCUGUGUUUCCUUGUGUGAUGAAAAUCUUGCCUCAGUGCGUCUUCAAUAAGAAAGAUCCAAUUGUGGUUGGAGUUGAUAUACUGGAGGGUGUUGCCAAGGUCGGAACUCCCCUUUGUAUUCCUUCAAGGGAUGGCAUUGACAUUGGCAAGAUUGCCUCCAUGGAAAUCAAUCACAAGGUUGUGGAUACUGCGAAGAAGGGCCAGACGGUUGCAAUGAAGAUUGUUGGCACCAAUGCCGAGGAGAAUGCAAGGAUGUUUGGUCGUCAUUUCGACUUGGAAGACGAGCUUGUUAGUCGCAUAACCCGGCGAUCAAUUGAUCUUCUCAAGGAGAAUUAUCGGGAUGAUCUUACUACGGAGGAGUGGAGACUGGUGGUGAAAUUGAAAAAAUUGUUCGAGAUCCCGUAGAAGCACUUAAAUCCGUGAAGUUAGUGGGUUGUAUGGAGAAGUCGAGUUCCAUGUUCUAGAGGUAGGAAAUGAGAGUCGCCCUCUAAGAAUUACUUUUGUGGUUCAAGAGCGCAGCAUCCGCACCGCAAGGUGCUUUCCUCUAGUAUGUACAAUGCAGAGGUAUUGCACUCACAAAGUCCCUGUGAAGGAACUUUGUGGCAUAGAUAGGAAUUUGAGGUCGAGAAAUGAGGAUUAUAGGCUUUUUGUGAGCUGUGUUUGCGGAAUAAUCUUGCCGCCAAGAUACUUGAUAAAUAUCAAAAGCUGUUCUGAAGAGGAUCUGCUCAUCUUGAAUGAA